AUGGCUGUAUCUGUGAGCCCUCGACAUGCCGAUUAUUUGGCAAGCGAGAGCGGGAGACAAUUCAACCUCAGCAUUGACGUUAUUCGGAUUGAAAAUGUUGAUGUCUGCCUUAGUUUUCUAGCAGCCCGAGGAGUAAAUGUUCAAGGUCUAUCUGCUGAAGAAAUAAGAAAUGGAAACUUAAAAGCCAUUCUAGGAUUGUUUUUCAGUUUGUCUCGCUACAAGCAGCAACAGCACCAUCAGCAGCAGUACUAUCAGUCCUUGGUGGAACUCCAGCAGCGAGUCACUCACGCUCCUCCUCAGCAGGAAGCUGGUCAGGCCAAAACCCAGCAAGAUAUGCAGUCCAGUCUGGCAGCCAGAUAUGCACCUCAGUCUAAUCACAGUGGAAUUGCAACCAGUCAGAAAAAGCCUACUAGGCUUCCAGGGCCCUCUAGGGUGCCAGCUGCAGGCAGCAGCAGCAAGGUCCAGGGAGCCUCUAAUUUAAAUAGGAGAAGUCAGAGCUUUAACAGCAUUGACAAAAACAAGCCUCCAAAUUAUGCAAACGGAAAUGAAAAAGAUUCCUCCAAAGGACCGCAACUGUCUUCAGGUGUAAAUGGUAACAUGCAGCCUCUCAGCACUGCUGGGCAGCCCCCUGCUUCUGCCAUCCCUUCUCCGAAUGCCAGCAAGCCCUGGCGCAGCAAGUCCAUGAAUGUCAAACACAGUGCCACCUCCACCAUGCUGACCGUGAAGCAGUCGAGCCCAGCCACCUCUCCCACACCAUCUUCAGACAGACUGAAGCCACCUGUUUCAGAAGGGGUCAAAACUGCUCCCUCAGGACAGAAGUCCAUGCUUGAGAAAUUCAAGCUGGUCAAUGCCCGGACAGCUUUACGCACCCCACAGUCUCCCAGUUCAGGACCCAGUGAUGGUGGGAAGGAUGAUGAUGCCUUUUCUGAAUCUGGUGAAAUGGAAGGUUUUAACAGUGGUCUGAAUAGUGGUGGCUCAACAAAUAGCAGUCCCAAAGUCUCACCUAAAUUGGUCCCUCCAAAAGCUGGAAGCAAAAAUCUCAGCAAUAAAAAGUCUUUGCUACAGCCAAAGGAUAAAGAGGAAAAGAACAGGGACAAAAACAAAGUUUGCACUGAAAAACCAGUCAAGGAAGAGAAGGAUCAGGUGACAGAGAUGGCUCCAAAAAAGACCUCCAAAAUCGCAAGCUUGAUCCCAAAGGGCAGCAAGACGACAGCAGCCAAGAAAGAGAGUUUAAUUCCAUCUUCCAGUGGAAUUCCAAAACCAGGCUCUAAAGUGCCAACAGCAAAGCAGACCAUUUCACCUGGCAGCACAGCCAGCAAAGAGUCUGAGAAAUUCAGGACUACCAAGGGAAGCCCUUCCCAGUCCUUACCUAAGCCCAUCAUCAAUGAGAAAGCAAGCGCAUCCAACUACCCAGUUCCUCCAGAAGGAAGGGAAGCUGGCCAAGCUUCUCUCUCUGGUUCUGCUACUGCACCAUCAGCACACAGCAGUGGGCAGAGCACAGGAAAUGGUGCUGUCCAACUCCCUCAACAGCAGCAGCACAGCCACCCGAAUACAGCCACAGUGGCACCAUUCAUCUACAGAGCACAUUCAGAAAAUGAAGGUACCUCUUUACCAUCUGCUGACUCCUGUACUAGUCCUACAAAGAUGGAUUCAUCAUAUAGUAAGACUGCUAAGCAGUGCCUAGAGGAGAUAUCUGGUAAGUGA